CUUACGUCGGCCGUGCGUCAUCAGUCUGCGUCAAGGGCACGUUUGCUCCGUUCAGGGAGUGGUUCCCCUGUUGGCGCAGCAAUGAGUUGUGUCCGGGCGGCGGCGGCUUGUUGCCUGUGGCAGCUGCGCAUGGGCGCCCCGAGGUCCCUGUCAGCUUAUGGAAGAAGAAUCAGCGUCAGAUUUUGCAGUUCGGGAAUGACCUUAGACAGUAUCAAUCGGGCAGCCGUGGAUCGAAUAAUCCGGGUGGAUCAUGCAGGUGAAUAUGGAGCGAACCGCAUCUACGCAGGGCAGAUGGCCGUCCUGGGUCGGACGAGCGUCGGGCCAGUCAUUCAGAAAAUGUGGGAUCAAGAAAAGGACCACUUGAAAAAGUUCAAUGAGUUGAUGGUUGCAUUCAGGGUGCGGCCAACCAUUCUGAUGCCCUUUUGGAAUGUGGUGGGCUUUGCACUGGGUGCGGGAACUGCCCUGCUUGGGAAGGAGGGCGCAAUGGCCUGCACAGUUGCUGUGGAAGAGUCCAUAGCACACCACUACAACAACCAGAUCCGGAUGCUGAUGGAGGAGCCUGAAAAAUAUGAACAGCUUCUUCAGGUGAUAAGGAAAUUUCGGGAUGAAGAGCUUGAGCACCAUGACAUAGGCCUCGAACAUGACGCAGAACUGGCUCCAGCGUACGCAGUUCUGAAGAGCGUUAUCCAGGCUGGAUGCAGCGUGGCAAUAUAUUUAUCAGAAAGACUGUAAAGUAUGUCCACUUUUCCUUGUGUAUAAACGAUGAUAGUAAUUUAACAAGUGACAGUGGCAGAAAAGGAAACGUACAGUUACUGUUCUGUGAAUUUGUUAAUAAACUGCGAGAGGUUUUUUUGUUAAUAAAAUUCUCCAGUUUUGAUUUU